UGUCUGCAUCUGGUUACCUGACGCAGGACUGGUACCCAAACCCAUCUGACCUUGAUUCAGUGUCCACCAGUCUAUUAGCUCUGCCGUUCUGACUUAUACCCCUCAUCGGGGUUUAUUCCUAGUCUCUGCGCUACUCGGAUUCCUCCUUUUCGUUGGUCGCCUGUUGAUUGCUUUUUCUCUUGUCAGUGGAUCUGGCUGGUUCAGGUCGCAGAGACUCCUUUCCGUCCGCGCAGCCUCGCAAGCGUCAGCUUCUCGCCUUUUCUCUUCCAUGUCGAUGCUUCAGCUUUAACACUAUUCAACCUCCUAUCCACAUCCUACCUUCGCCUCCAGAAAUACUCACAACUAGAAACGAACUCUCCCACGGUCGCUUGCAGUAAAUGGACCUUACCCUCAGUGCGAUUCCACCACUCCAUCAUACAUCAUUCAACCCGGCACACCCGCGAUGCCCUUACUCGAUUACCGCUCGAAAGUUUCAUAUGGCACAAUCAGUCAAAUGGAUCAAUACAACGAAGAGGAAGGAGAGCAUCUUCUCCAAGCAGGAUAUGUAGCAGGUGGGCAUGACAGCGAUGUAGAGUCCUCGGGGGAUUCUGUACAGGAGGGUGUCAGGAAGAUUGAAGCAAUCAACCUGACCUGGACCACACGGUCUUUGAUCAUAGCAUAUAUCAGCAUAUUCCUAAUGGCAUUUUGUACAUCACUUGAGGGUCAAACCGUAAUGUCCCUCUCGGCAUAUGCUACAAGCGCUUUCAGCAAACAUUCGUUGAUCUCAACCGUUCUUGUCGUUCAGAAUGUUGUUAAUGCUGUCAUCAAGCCACCAAUGGCAAAAGUCGCCGAUGUGUUCGGCCGUUUCGAGGCCUUUUGCGUCAGUAUAAUGAUAUACGUUCUCGGAUACAUCCAGAUGGCUGCAUCAACCAAUGUUCAGACAUACGCCUCAGCCCAAAUCUUUUACUCCGCCGGUUCAACUGGCUUGCAAAUAUUGCAACAGGUCUUUAUCGCCGACAGCAGUAGCCUCCUCAACCGUGCACUUCUUGCACUCUUACCGGAGCUUCCCUUUCUAGUGACAGUCUGGAUCGGGCCGACGAUUGCAAACGCGGUGCUUGAGCAUACCUCAUGGCGCUGGGGCUACGGCAUGUGGUCAAUAAUCUUGCCCGCUUCGUUCCUUCCCUUGGCCCUCUCACUCUUGUUGAACCAGCGCAAGGCCAAGCGGCUGAACCUCAUAAAGCCCAGGAGCGCUCACCGUCGAGGAUUCUUUGCCGCUGUUCGCCACACUUGGUAUGAUCUUGACAUGUUUGGCUUGAUUUUGCUGUCCGCGGCAGUCACGUUGAUUUUGGUUCCCUUGACACUGGCCGCCAAUUCCAAGAAUGGGUGGAAGAACAACAGCAUCAUCGCCAUGAUCAUAGUUGGCAUAGUCUGUCUCUGCGCUCUUCCCGCCUGGGAAAGCUCGAAGAAGUUGGCUCCCAAGCCCUUGCUUUCCUUGCACCUCCUCAAACAGCGUACUGCUCUGGCAGGUUGUACUUUGGCUUUCUUCUACUUCAUGGCAUUCUAUUUCUCCGUUCAGCCGUACCUCUACUCUUAUCUCCAAGUUGUCCAGGACUACGAUGUAGCGACGGCGGGCCGUGUGACCCAAACCUUCGCUUUCACAUCCACUAUUGCCGCCUUUGGAGUCUCGAUCUUAAUUAAAUAUACACGACGUUACCGCGUCUACGUCACAAUUGGCUGCGUGAUAUACAUUUCUGGGAUAUUCCUGAUGUUGACUUACCGGAGAGAGGGAAGCUCACCAGCUUUGAUUUUGGGGACCCAGGUGAUAGUCGGGGCGGGCGGUGGGCUUCUCAAUGUACCUGUCCAACUGGGUGUUCAGGCCUCCGCCAGCCACCAAGAUGUUGCAGCCGCCACGGCAAUGUUCCUUACCUCCAUGGAAAUGGGCGGUGCCGUAGGAGCCGCCAUUUCGGGCGCCAUCUGGACACAUCACAUUCCACGCAAACUACAACAGUACCUUCCUGAUGAGGCCAAGGCAGAUGUUGGAGAAAUAUUCGGAAAGUUGACCAAAGCACUUUCUUAUCCCAUGGGCUCGCCCGCGCGAGUGGCCAUCAAUCGGGCCUAUCAGGAAACCAUGAACAAACUCUUGGUUCUGGCGCUGAUUGCGACCAUCCCAUUGAUCCCGCUGAGCCUUCUCAUGUCCAAUUAUCGGCUCGACAAGAUGAGCGAAACCUCGACGCAUGAGCCCAUUCCUGCAGAAGCCGAAGCGGAUGAGCCUGAAUCCGAGGCACACUCGAAACGAUCUGAGCGUUAGGAGGUGUCUAAAAUGGUUCUUGUGCAUGUAUAGACACAUGUAUACGAAACUGCUCUCACGGGGAACAGCGAAAAAUGCUUGUCGCCUAGCAUCUUCCCUG